GAAAAACAAUGGCUUGAUGCGCAGUGUAUCAUCAUUGUCUUCGUCUUCCUUUUGCGAAUGAUCGGCGUCAUCUUUAUCGGGACUUGAUGGCGUUGAAUCCGAGAGAGUUUCGUUUCUUUCUUUGUCUUCAGUACUACGACCUGCCUUAGCGCUCCUGCUUCCAACACCAUUCUCUCCUUUUUCUUCGGUCCUCUUGUACGAGAAUUUGCAAAACUUUGGGAUGUAACCGAAAUUCAUUACAAAAGCGCCUGUGGCUUGGCACAUCUUUCGACGCAACGCUUCUACCGAGUCAACACUGUUUUUGACGGAAAUCACGCCUGCUUUUAUUGCUCCGUAUUGAACAAACAAAACCUUCAUGCAACUGGUAUAAAAUAUAGCAGCAGCUACGGCUCGUCCGAGUAAAAGACGGCCUUCUGGGGAGACUACGGAAUCGAUGCCAAACGGAAGAUUAAGAUUUCGUAAGAUUCGUCCUCGAUCUUUUACGGCCUUGAUCCUUCCAUUGUCAUUCGCUGACGACUCGGAAUUGGCAUGUCUCAUUUUCCCACCAACGUAGUCCCUCGGAUGAUAUUCGAGUUUUUCCUCUACAAAACGCGCCAAGACCCAAGCAAAGUAUUCUGGUUUUGUUCUGUGCGGAGCGCUUCCACCACCGAGAAUGGCGCAUCGCCCAUCGAAAUCGUUUUCAUCAAAGGUGGAAGAUAAUCCUCCACGACUUCCCGAUCCCGAUGCGAUCGAUCGCAGGCCACCAUCCCACACUAUGACAAAGGGGCAAUCCAAAUUGCGGUGCAAAAGAGUGUCUAAUGUACGAGCAUUGCCUGAGUCUGCUGCAAAUCGGUUGGAUUCCGCCAAGUCGCCACAGAGGAUAAGACCAGCGAUUCUGUUGGGUGCCAACAUCAUGGCAGUUUCUAUGGCAAGCAACGAUUCAUCAUCACAACCCACAAGAACGGCAGUAUUCCAUUUCAAAGCAUCUGCAGCAUCGAUACAAUUUGGUAAGUAAGACAAUCAGAAUCUGCAAGUUCUUGUUUUUCCUACGAGUUGUGUCGCUGGAGAGAUCAUACAGGCAGGCAGGCAGGCAGAUUGACAGACAGACAAAAUGAUGAACAUCKGCACUCGCAUGCACGCACCAAGGAUUUCCAACACCAAAUGUGGUGCGUCUUCAUAUUGGCUUUCUCCAUUUUGAGUCGGAUUCCCAUCGCCAUCCUUGUCGAUCAUUCGUUCGCAGGCCAUUACAUUGAAACCCCUCGAAGCAAGUGUCUGUCCUACCGUCUUCCAAUGAUCUACGUUCGGUCCCAGCAAGAUGAAAUUUAGAGAUGUCUCGUCGGAAUGUGACGGAUGGUGCGAGUGCGCUCCUCCUCCUCUGUUUCUCGACUUUCCAAAGUAUUGAUAUACCACCGGGGAAUGCUUGGUGGUUUGGCCAUCGAAUCGUUUUGUGCUGCUCCUACUGUGAUUGUCCUUCCACCGGCGUAUCGGGUUACGCUUCUUCUUCAUGUGUUCGCUAUCAUCUACGAAGUCGCCCUCGUCGUUGGGCAGGAAACGAUUCGCUCCGCCUCGCGGCACAAUUAUGUGGCUUGUGCUCCUUCGAUUGUUGUUCUUCUUUCGCCUCGACAAGUGUGCGUAAAAAUUUUGGAAUUUAUUCGUGUCGUGUGCUUCUACCUUCCCUCCAGAGAAACGAAAGUAUCUCCCCCCAAGAAAAGCAAGAAGAAGAACCACGGUCGAUAAACAGGCGAAUGCAACGGGCCGUGGUCUGCGACGUCGGUAAAUCCGGCAAGUGGAACCGCCGCCAUCAUGUAAAUUAACCUUCCCGGCUGCA